CGGAUGUAGCGCUGCUCAGCGCGCUUCUCUGGAUGUCCGGGGUGUCCGGGCACAGCCGCCCCAGAGGGCAUCCAUAUAGACAAGACAGAGUUGUUGGGUGCAGAAGCUGGCUGACAGGAGUAGAGCGGAGAGAAACUGACCAGGACCUGAUGACUUCACAGAAGACCAAGACGAGACACAGGAAACAAGAAGCAGAGCGUCGGAGUGGGUGGCUGGAGAUCUGGGCGGACUGCCUGAGCCGAAGACUGGAAGCCGAGGCAGAGUGACAGAGCCGAAGACUGGGAGCCGAGGCAGCGCCAAUGACUGGAGCCAAGGCAGCGCCGAUGACUGGAGCCAAGGCCGCUCCGAGGACUGGAGCCGAGGCAGAGCCGAGGACUGGAGCCGAUGACUGGAGCCAAGGCUGGAACGGAGCUUCAGGCUGUGACUGAGCUGGAACAGAGCUGAAGAAAAGUCUCUGGCUGUGACUGAGCAAAACAGAGCUGAAGCAAGGUCUCUGGCUGUGACUGAGCAAAAACAGAGCUGACACAGGAUUUUUGGCUGAGACUGAGCAGGAAUUGACCACUACGGACCGGCAACGAGAACAGACUGAGAUUAGCGCAAGACAUGUCUCCAACAGAAGGACUUAGUCACAAGAUUGGCAGCCCAAUAUUGGAGAGGAGGCAAGAUAUAACCAAAGCAAGGAGAACAAAGUCAGAGCAGCUGCUGAGGAUAGAUGACCAUGACUUUACAAUGCGACCAGGGUUUGGAGGUCCUGCUGUCCCAGUUGGAGUAGAUGUUCAGGUUGAAAGCCUAGAUGCGAUUUCAGAAGUUGAUAUGGAUUUCACCAUGACCUUGUAUCUGAGGCACUACUGGAGAGAUGAUCGUUUGUCCUUUAAAAGCAACACCAACCAGAGCAUGACCUUUGAUGGUCGCCUAGUAAAGAAAAUAUGGGUCCCUGAUAUGUUUUUCGUCCACUCCAAGAAAUCCUUUACUCAUGACACUACCACCGACAACGUCAUGCUGCGAGUUUACCCUGAUGGCAAAGUCCUGUACAGUCUCAGAGUAACAGUCACGGCCAUGUGUAGCAUGGACCUGAGUCGCUUUCCCCUUGACACACAAACAUGUUCGUUGGAGAUUGAGAGCUAUGCAUAUACGGAUGAUGACCUGUUGCUGUACUGGAAGGAAGGAAACAAGUCUUUAAACACAGAUGAGAGAAUUUCUCUCUCUCAGUUUCUCAUUCAGGAGUUCCAUACUACUACAAAGCUUGCAUUCUACAGCAGUACAGGGUGGUACAAUCGUUUGUACAUUAACUUCACUCUACGGCGGCACAUCUUCUUUUUCCUGCUGCAGACAUACUUUCCUGCCACUCUGAUGGUCAUGCUGUCCUGGGUCUCCUUCUGGAUUGACCGCAGGGCUGUCCCUGCCAGAGUGCCUCUCGGUAUAACUACUGUGCUAACAAUGUCGACCAUCAUCACCGGAGUCAAUGCCUCUAUGCCCAGGGUGUCUUAUAUCAAGGCUGUGGAUGUUUACCUGUGGAUCAGCUUCGUCUUUGUCUUCCUGUCGGUCAUAGAAUAUGCAGCAGUCAACUAUCUGUCCACUGUCCAGGAACGCAAGGAAAUGAGACUACGGGAGAAGCUGCCAUGUACUUGCGGCAUAGCUCAUCCUGGCAUGAUAUCAGCCAGCUACAGUGAGGUAAAUGUCAACACCACAGGAAACUACGGCAUGCCAGAGGAGAAUGGGGUGAGAAGGGAAAGAAUGCUCGUUGAACUGGCCUUAGAGACUGACCAGAUGACAGGCCAUGUUGGCUCCAGGGCCUACAGCAGCAUCUGGAUUGACACACAUGCCAUCGACAAGUACUCCAGGGUGAUCUUUCCUGGAUCUUAUAUCCUCUUCAACAUCAUCUACUGGUCUAUUUACUCUUAAACCUUAAAUGCUUCUGACAGAUGUGUGAAACAUCUGCCUUCUUAACAGGUGCAAUUGUCAUAAAAUUGAGAUUAAAACAUUUUCAUUAGUUCAUAAUAAAGUUUUGCAAAUAUAUAUGUUUUACAUACUAAACCGAAUGAUGGACUGAAUCAAAUAUAGCUUCAAAUAAACCUGAAUACAGUUAAAAGGGAUGUGUUUGAAUGAUUAACCUGACAUUUCACCUUAGCAUUGGACUUGGUCCACUGAUUUUGGCUGGCAGAAUCCUGAAUAAGUUGAGACUAUAACUCUUGUGGGAAAUUGAAAAUAAAAUAAUCGAUUACCCAUUUCAGCUAGAUUCACAUAAGACCUCAUUUGUACUAGAUGUUUUUCAUUGUGAUGUAGACGUUUUAAGUUUACGAAAUAAAUGGCAGGACAAAUAAUAACUGGAUUGAACUGGACUGUAUGCGUUAGUCUGACUUUGCUGAAUUUAUUAAAAGAUGUUCAACCA